CUACGACGAUCAGCCGACCGAUCAAUCGAUCUGUCAAUCUGUCGGGUCACUCGAUCAAUCAAUCAAUCAAUCAAUUAAUCAAUCUAUCAAUCAAUCAAUCAAUCAAUCAAUGGAGAGGAGCCGGACAUGUCGGCCUCUGGGCAGAGGUUGAUUGAAUGAAUGGGCAAUGGCGGCUGAGGGAGAAUUCACACAAGCGGAUGGAAUUGCCCGGAUUCACGGUUCACUCCAGAACGGCCCAGUGUGAGCAUGUUCCACCCAGUUACGGAAAUCUUUAGGCACGAGGCCUUUUAAUGGGGAAGGCUGAGCGAGCGCUUGCUGACGUGGACAUGUGACAGGGGAAAGAGGGAGAGAGGGAGAGAGGGAGGAGAGAAGGGAGAGAGGGAGGAGAGAGAGAAGGGAAGGGGGCCAGUCAUCGCCAUAGCCAGAACGGAGAAGAAGAUGGCUGCAGUUUGUAGACGAAGAGCUACGCAGUUUCUGAGCACGCCAUGGCGGCGUGGCUUUGAUCCUAACGUCGUCUCCAUGUCUGCUGCCCCGUCCUCCAUAGCCAGAGCUGAUCAGCCCCGCCAUCGCCAUCAGCAAGGAUGGAUGUCAUCUCUUUCAGGAGCGGAGAAGAGUCCUUCUCUCCUCUACCCUCCGGCUUCUUCUUGCAACUUCAGCCAUAGCCAGAGCUCAAUUCACCCCGCCAUCGCCGACAAUGACGAACAAACCAGAAGAAGAAGGAGAUGGCUCUCCACGCACUUGGCGGUCACUUCUUCUUCUUCCUCCUUCUCCUCUUCUUCUUCCUCCUUCGACUCGUCUUCUUCCUCCUCAUGUCCUCCUCCUUCUGCAGCUCUUCUCCUUCCCUCCUUGCCCACGCAGCGUCGGGGCUGCCUGUCCCUCUUCUUGCCUUCGCCCUCCAGCGGGUGCGAUGGACAAGGACGGCCACGUGGCCGUCAACCAAGCCAUGGCGAUGGCGGAAAUCGACUCAUGGUUGGGCCACGUGUCCUCUUCUCCUGUAUUUCGUUCUCCGCCCGUGGUGAGAGGUACCUCCCCUCUGGCGGGAAUCUGACAAGAUCCGUCAAUGAUCUCUCUCAUCCAUCAUCGUCCUCGUCGUCUCCGUCAUCGUUAAGCAGAGGCGUUUCCUCUCAAGCGAGCAUGGCAUCGUUAAGCAGAGGCGUUUCCUCUCAAGCGAGGAUGGAAUCGGUAAGCAGAGGCGUUUCCUCUCAAGCGAGGAUGUCAUCGUUAAGCAGAGGCGUAUCUCAUGGAACUGUGCAAAGCGUUGUUGAUGGUGAUAUAGGGAUCUGCUCCUCCUCAUCCUCCUCCUCGUCCACCUCCGCAGCCUCCUAUCCUUCUCCCUCUUCAUCGUUUUGGUUAUCAUCGUCGUUGUCCUCCUCCUUCUCCUCCUGCUCCUCCUCCUCCUCCUCCUCCUCCUCCCCCUCCUCGACCGCCGCCGCUGCCGCCGCCACGGUCAGCUUUGAACCUCCAAUCUCCGAAGAGGACAGCACCGCCGCCUCUUCCUCCUUCUCCCAGGCAUCGGUCGUUGAUGUCAACAAUAAAGAGAUUCGAGAAGAAGACAAGGACUCGAGUCCGCACCCGGACGAACAGCGGAUGUCGGUAUCGGCCGCAGCCGAUCGGGAUCUGGACGAUGCCAAUCUCGAUAAUGGCAGUGAGGAGACGACGAAUCUAAUCAAUCAACGACCGGAAACUGAUGAGGCUGCAGAGAUUGGCUACUCGCUGAUUGGCAAGAUCGAUGUCAAGGAUGAGCCAUACUCGGAGAAACCUCAAGCCCUCUUCGCUGUAGUGCAGGGUCGGGAUGGGGAGGGGGAAGUCGGGAUGCGGGGGGGAGUCUGGAUUCGGGAUGGGGAGGAGGGGUCGGAGAGUGGGAAUGGGGAGGGGGAAGUCGGGAUGCGGGAUGCGGGAUGGGCGCGACCCGAAGACCGACGAUGUCGGGAUAGCGGAAGGGGAAGUCGGGAUCGAGAAGUUGUCGGGAUGGGGGCGACAAGGGCGAAGGGGGCAACGGAGUCGGGAUGGGGAGGGACAGGUCCGAAGGUCGGGAUAGCGAGGGGAGGAGGUCGAGAUGGGGAGAGAGGAUCGGAGGGUCGGGAUGGGGAGGGGGAAGUGGGGAUGCGGGAUGGGCGCAACCCGAAGACCAACGGCGUCGGGAUAGCGGAAAGGGAAGUCGGGAUCGAGAAGUUGUCGGGAUGGCGGCGACAAGGGCAAAGGGGCCAACGGAAUCGGGAUGGGGAGGGACAGGUUGCUCUGGAAAAAGUCCUCCUUCUUGGGUCUGUGUCGAGAACGAUCAUUGGUCGGCCCACCAUAGCUGGUGCGCUUGUCAGAGCAGCUGUCGAGGAACAGGCACUUGAUGCGAAAGUCAUAAUCUUUAAGAAGAAGAGGAGAAAGAACUAUCGUAGAACGCGUGGUCAUCGUCAAUGUCCAGCUUUCGCACGUCGAGGUGCUGCCACCACCGGGCGCAUUGACAAAUCUGUGGAUUCUGCGCCCAUCAACAAAUCUGCAGGCACGGCAGCUGGCCUCGGAAAAGGAGAGGUGGUUUAGAGCAAUCACAACACAAAUUACACAAUAGCCCUCUGACUGGGGGUGGGCAAAUUAGCCCACACCCG